CAAGUCGGUGUUUUCUUGUAAUAUUCAUAGCAAGACUCUGUGUAGAUGAAGACAGACGAUACUCUGGUAUUUUUGCUUUUAAGGAGCUUAGUAUUUAAGAACUUAAGAAUUUCGAAGAAGUUUGGCGGUGUAGAAGUUCGACAUUAUUGAAUUGUUCUUUGAUACAGGGCAUGCUCGUAUCUUGUAAAUUAUAGAAAUGUUGGUAGUAUACAUGUUCGCAAUCUACUUUGCAGUUUGUCAGACAGCAGCUGGAGACGCUGAUUCCGACUCGCAGCCUGAAGAUAAUAACUAUUAUAUGGUACCUUUGAUGGAAGCCACCAAAAUCGAGUUCGAGCUUAAUAUUUCCAAUCCUACGAAUACAUUCGUCUGUUUCUCAUCAGUUAAUAAUGAAAGCAUAGCCCUGCUAAUUAGUGAUCAACAUAAUGUUUGUUCAAAUGAUAUAAUAAAUAUCAGCAGAACAACAAAUGAUUGUAAAAUAACAAUAAACGAAACUGAAAAUACUCAUGACUGUAAAAAUAUAAGUAAUAUUCACAUACAUAUUGAGUUCGAGACGGGAGAGCGUGGCGACCAGUUCACUGAAGAAACCGGCGACUUAAACAUCAGAUCAAUUAAGCCCGAUCAAUUAUACAUCUAUACGAUUCGUCCGUGCAAUUUAGGCUCGGAUCUGUGUGAAAGUUCUCCGUGCCUUGACGGAUGGGCUUGCGAAAACUUUGAAACAUAUUAUGCAUGUACAUCAAGUAGCUGUACCGAAUCAGAAUGUGAAAACUGCAAUGGUGUCAACAAAAACACAAAAUUCAUUUGCGGAGAACCUUGUUCCUAUAAUCAUUUAGGAUUAAAGUGUAAUCCAAGGCCUAGUAACAGUACAUCAGGUGAUUGCUGCUUUCUUUCCAUAACUGAAGAUCAGAAAUGCAGUAGCCCUACUGAAUCCCCGGAGGUAGAGAAUGGUUUUACUGUCUUCACUACAAAUCUUAUUAUGCAGAUGGUUUUUACCGGGACAGCAGUUCUAGUCCUAGUUAUUGGAUGUAUCUGUGUUUUAAUGGCUUUCGUAACAAAGCCAUCGAAUAGAAUCAAACCAACUGGAGAAUAUUAAGAGUAUUCUUAUCGUAUUUAACGUAAGCGCAGACUAUCGUUUCAACGAGCUUAAACAAAGCGAACAUUAAAUUGAAUUGAUACAGAUAUUUAAUAAAUAUAAAGAGUUUAAACCACGAUAUGUUUCGAUGGUUCAACCAUCAUUAUCAAGUGAAAGUAACUACUGCUAAACAUUAAGCUUCUAUAGCUAGGGAGUCAUACAAGAAUAAGGUGUUCGACCAAGGGGAAGACAGGCAUAUACAUGAUAUAUGCCUCAUAUACAUGAGGCAUAUAUAUAUAUAUAUAUAUAUAUAUAUAUAUAUAUAUGAAUCUAAAAAUAUAUAUGAGAUGUAUAAAUAGAGAGAUACAGUAUAUGUAGGAAUAUAUAACCUAACAUCUAAACAACACAUUUAUAAUAGCGGCACAAACAUAUCUAUACUGUAGUAAAGAAAAACGUUUGAAUGUCACCUCGUGCAGCUCUCUGAGAUGCAAAUGACAGGCUCCUUAUGGAGACAUAAUGAAUGUUAGAUAAAUGUAAACUAAAUUGUGUAUUUAAUCACAAUUAUGUAGCAUACUAUUCAGAAUAUUUAAGUCGCCCUCGUGACGUCAUUUUGUAUGUAUAAUUGCGAAUAUAAUUAGUUAUCAGAAUACCUUGUUAAUACCUUUUUGUAACGUGACGGGUAUUUUAGUUGUUGGAUACCUUUGUGGGACUCUUAUUCAAGAGAAUAGAGACCAUCAGUGUGUGGCGCUUAAUAUAUCUUAUUAGAGUGUUAACGUGGUAUUGCACAUUUUGCCUUGGUGUAACGUUAGUAUUAUUUAUUUUUAACAUCGGUUAUCUGUUUCUAGUGGUAGAAAAGUACUCGAGAAUGAGUACAACAGAAGGGGCGGAAAUGGUAUAGAGUGAUAUAGGCCUACAUAGGUAAGGUAUCAUCAUAGUAAUGGAUAUAACUUGUAGCAUCCCACCUUUUCAGUACAAGUACACUGUAGUAGCUCUGAUGAUAUCGCAUAAUAGAGUCAUGAGGUGACGCCUGCUGAAAGUUAUGAUGUAUUCAUAAGUAUCUUAUUACGUAAACUUAUAAGGCACUAUCUUACUUUGCAUUUUUGAAUAAACAUACCCAUCGUUAAUGAAUGUUAAUUAGAAUAAAAUGAAUAAGUAUGCAUGUACUUCGAAUUGGUUGGUAUAAACGAUUUCUAAAUUCACGCUUAAAUGUCUUGUGAUUUUUAUGUGCAACAGAAUAAACGAAAUAAAA